UUUCCACCAUGUCUUGGAGUUUUUGUACACAGGCCUUCCCAGCAUCACAGAUGGGACCAGCACAGAGGACCUAGUGGCUUUACAGAAAGCAUCCAAUACAUUCUACUUGCCUAUGCUGGACAGCAUCGUCAAGAACCUACAGAAUGAUGGAAAGUUCCUGAAUCCUAGCAUUGGAACCUACCUGAAUGAUCAGACAGGACAGAGGGCCAAGUGGUUGUUCCUGAACAAACAGACAUUGUCUGAUAUCCGAUUCAAAGUUGAAGACACAACAGUCUAUGCUCACAAGGUGAUGCUGACAUCUCGCUGUGGGUUUAUGAAUGGCAUGUUCAGUGGAGACUUCACUGAAAGCAGCCAAGAUGAGAUUAGAAUAGAAGACGUGAGCCUGGAGUGUUUCUUGGCCCUCCUGGAGUACCUGUACACUGACCACGCCCCUAUAGAGGAGGGUGAUGCCGUGGGGAUCCUUGUAGCUGCUGAUCGGUAUGGCCAAGAUCGACUGAGAAAUCUCUGUGAGCUGUACAUCACCAAGGGGGUAGAUGUGACAGAGGAACAUGUGGAUGUCAUUGGACUGUUGCAUACAGCCCAGAUGUGCAAUGCCAGUCAGCUUGCCCAGUGGUGCCUUGAUCUCAUUUCCCGUAACUUUGUGGCCUUCCAGCAGCGGGCGGAGUUUAAGAAGCUGGAGGGGGAGAACCUGAAAUAUGUCACUGAGAACCGCUGGCCUCCUGUGAGCUACCUGGAGGAGCUGGAGAAAUACAAGGCUGAAUGGGGGAAGAAAGGGGACAGAGUAUGAGGAGGAAAAGUGGAAUCGUUUGAGUGAUGCAUAGUCUUUAAGAAGGUGCAAAUAAAACCCUCUUGCAUGAUGAAUGGAGUCUCAGUUGCUUUUAAAGCAGGCUUUAUUGAAACAAAUCAGUUAAUCAUUGUAGAAUUAUAUAUUUUUAAUACUUUUAUAAUGGUGGUUUAAAUAUAGUUUUAAAAAACAUGUAUCAUACUUUCAAAGUUUAGUAUUUGUUACACCUGGAAAACUAUAGUGCAAUGA